GGUGUCUUCCAUGGCUCUGCAGGAGCUGGGCAUCAGUCUUUCCAUGACAGGCGUUGCUGGAACCAUCCUGAUCUGCGCUCUGCCCAUGUGGAAGGUCACAGCAUUCAUCGGCACCCACCUUGUGGUCAUGCAAGUGUUCUGGGAGGGUUUGUGGAUGACCUGUGUCAGUGAGUAUACAGGUCAGAUGCAGUGUAAACUCUACGAUGCCCUGCUAGACCUGUCUCCAGACCUCCAGGCAGCUCGUGGCCUCAUCUGCAUCAGCAAUGUGUUGGGAUGCCUGGGAUUUCUCAUCUUCAUCCUAGGAGCACGUUGCACCAACUGCUUGAGCCACCCUCAGAUCAAGGCCAGGGUGGUGCUCAGCUCUGGGGCCAUUUUCUGCUUGGCAGCCCUCACCACUAUAGUUGCUGUUUCUUGGACAGCCAACAGCAUCAUUACUGAUUUUCACAACCCUCGAGUCCCAGAGGUGCUGAAGAAAGAGCUUGGAGCAGCGAUUUACAUUGGCUUUGUGACAUCCGGGCUGCUUUUCUGUGGAGGGGUCAUUUUGUGCAUGAACUGCCCACCACAAAGGGCCAGAUUCCGUUCUAGUGGGUACAUUAUGGCCAAGACACCCACCCGCAGCAGCUACGCCAUCAAGAAUUAUGUAUAAAGUCAGGAAUGAGAGCUCAAAAAUCAGAGCAAGGACACUUAAGGACAAUAUAAAUAUUUUACAUAGAUUAAAUGCAUGUUUUAUCAUCACACAUAUCUACAUAGAUAGCUAAGUAUUUACAUCCUUUUCUUUGUAUUUAAAGUACCUUUACCAGCAAUGGCACCUUCAAGCCAGAAAGACCUUGGGUUUGGAUGUUUCUUAACAAUCCUCCAAUCAAAACAGGUCUAAUGGGUUUAUUGCCUCAAAUACAGCUAUUGUGUUGUCCUUUAAACCGUUUCCUGAUCCUUUCUGUCAAAACUCAAAGCAUGUUUCCUUUAACUUGCUGAGGGCUCUCACACUUGAUUUUACUCUUGCGUAGCUCUCAGUGCCGGCAGACUGAAGGAUAUGAGGUUAAUGUUAAACAAAGACACACAGACAUGCAUUCACCUGAAGCCGUCGGCAGUGAUCUGAGUCACUGCUGCCCUGGUUUACCAUUCCCACACUGCCGAAUGCAUUAACAAGUAGACGUGCAUAUGCAAGGCACCACCACAGAGCCGUGUCUGGGCGUAUUUAGACUUACCUCCAGGCAAACUAAGCCUGGGUGGAUAAGCUUGUUACCCAGACAUGAUAACGUCUAGAUUUAAAUGUUUUAAAUGCUGAAACAUUUCCAUCACUUCCUGGUUGGGUUUAAGCAGCAACAUUACUUUGUACUUUGUUGUUAUUCAGUUAGAAUAAACAUAAUGACAUGAUUACUGAGCUGCUGCUCAGUGCCUGAUUUAUCCAAAAAUGUCACUGGGAAUUGUAGCCAAAUGGUUUAAUCCUUGUUCCUUAAAUCAGUUAAAUGAUAUUAAAUGUUUUUGUCAUUGUUGGGAAUUAUGUACAAAGUGAUUAGAAAUCAUUGUAAGAUGCACCUGAAGCAAUAAAAUGUGGAAAUUUUC